UUAAGUCGAUGACCAAGAUUGGAUCAGGCUAGUGUCAUUAUUCGGAGCCCCAAAGUUCUCUUUCGUAGGUUGCCUUGUGGUUUGCCUUUGGCUGGACUGCUGCCUGAGUGUAUACGCAAAAUCUCGAGCUGCUGUCGGCAACGGAGAUAUUCACCUUGCACUUCUGGUGAAAAGCACGAGAUGAGCUCACCUAGCGGCUCCCCAAACCCUCAGCGGCCACGCUCAGGGCAGGGCAUUACGAGAUUCUUCAGGAAAUCAAGUGAGGGGACCGGAAACUCCCCGGUAUCCGCCCGACGGCUGUCAUUUCCGCCGCCUGUCUCGCCGACACCGAAUAAUCAGACUUCUCUUGCCACAUUUCCGAUCACGACACAACUAGCCACAACGGGCCAGCGUGAGAAGGCUGGCCUCUGGGAAUGGCCAGCGGAAGACAAAAAUGAACCUGACACGGUUUACAUCAUUGCAGUCCAUGGCCUCCAAGGUGAUUGGGAAAAGACCUGGGAGGCCGAUGGUAAGGUCUGGCUUAGAGAUUUCCUCGGAAAGAAAAUAGACAGAAUCCAUGUAUUGUCUUUUGGAUACAACUCAAUCAUCGCCAGUUCAGGCUGGGAACACGAGCUGGAACACUUUUCGGCCCAGUUGCUUCAAGAGGUCAAGAAUCACGUGGAUACCGAACAGAAACGCUCUCGUCCUAUCAUUUUCUUGGGGCACAGUCUUGGAGGCUUAAUCAUCAAAAAGGCUUUGAUCUUGGCUCACAACAAACGGAUCGUAUACUCGGAUAUUUUGGACCGUACAGCGGGUCUGAUAUUCAUGGGCGCGCCACAUCGCGGAUCAGACAAGGCCAAGUGGGCAUCCAUGCUAAAAGAACUAUUCAAUACGGUAGGGGUAGGAUCGAGCACACAGCUGCUUGCCGACCUUAAGAGACAGUCGAGGACUUUGGUGCAAAUUAACUCCGACUUUGUUGAGCGUGGCGCUAAAAUUCUCCGAAUUUUGAGUUUCUACGAAAUGUACACGACUGACGGCCUCAUGUCUCGUGUGGUUGACGAGGAUACUGCAACGUUAGGCUUGCCUAAUGAGAUACAAAUUGGUCUAAACGCAGAUCACAGGGCAAUGUGUAGAUUUUCUGAUGAGAAUAGCCAGGCGUUUAGUGCUGUGUGGCGACCAAUCCGGGAUAUGGUGAAUUUCAUCAGAAAAGACUCAUUGGCAGACAUGAAGAGAAAACAGAGAGAUAUACUAGAUACCCUUCGAGGAAAGAACGCCUUCGAUUUCGACGGCCCGUCAAGCGAUUUCACACAACCCACCAAAGGCACGUGCCAAUGGAUCUGUUCAACUCCAAAUUACAUCGAGUGGAACGGUACUGCGCAAAGAGCAAGCCUGUUAUGGGUAACUGGUAGCCCGGGGUCUGGGAAAACUUUCCUAUCCAAUUUCAUCGCUGAAACUCUCAACAAAGACCAUGCCAUUGUGUGCAAAUAUUCUUUCACGGGAGAUAAAUCAACGCCAUUCGAUUUUCUGAGGUCUAUGGUUUCCCAGGCAUUGGCUGGGAAUAAUUUCGAGUUGUGCCACUACGCGAUUGAAAACUGGGACGCGACUAAUGGGACCAUUUCAUGGGAUUCAUUAUGGUCUUUCUGGACCAAGAUUUGCGAGGGCUUGAAAGUUGGCCAGAUAUUCUGGGUGAUCGAUGCAUUAGACGAACUGAACGACCUUCUGAAGCGGGGCGAGCUGCUCAGACGCCUUAUUUCGAUCCUUCCAAAAUUGAACCGCCUGACAGAUAGUCACUUGUGUUUUCGAAUUCUUCUCACAAGUCGACCCGAGAUUUGGCGGGAACUACCGCCCUCCACAGAACAAGAAACGCACUUUUUGAGCAGAAUAAUUCUGGAAAAUGAACCAGCCAUCGAGGAUGAUAUCAGGUCUUUCAUUCGCAAUGAAGUGCAAAUGCUGGCAGGAGAAAGCAUGAUACAGAAGAAGGACAUUGAAAAGUUGCAAGCUCUAUUGUGCAAGGGAGCCGAUCGAACUUUCAUUUGGCCCCAACUCACUCUUCAGGCCAUUAGGAAUGACCCAGAACCGUAUAGCGGGUCUACUUGGGACCUAGUACUCCAGUCAAUACCUUCAGACCUUGAAGGACUCUAUGAGAAAUUGUUGUCUCAGCUUUCGAUGAGCAAUAAUUCACCUAACGCAAUUCUUUUCAACUCACUCCCGCCCAGAACAAAAAAGUUACUCCAGUUCGUUCUUGCCGCCCAGGGCCGCUUUACAGUGUCGGAACUGAACAUGUUGUUGGCACUGGAAAGCAAGCCAGACACAAUAUCUCUUGCAGAAAAAGAGGCGGAUGAUAUUGGCCGUAAUGUCGAACAAAGAGUAUAUGGCUCAUUUUUACGACCAGUGACAGACACAGAAGGAGUUUCGCAUGUUCGCCUGUUCCACGAUACCGCCCGUAAACAUCUGCUUCUUCCAUCUUCAAGGUCAAAAUACGCUAUGGAGCUACCAGAGUGUCACUUGGAGCUGGCGAAAGGAUGCAUAUCCUACCUCUGGCUUGAUAGUUUAGGUGAAGUUCUGAGUCAAACUGCGGCUGAAAACGGUGACCUGCAACUAAGCAAACGUCCUCUCCUUCGUUACGCGAGCCUUAAUUGGUCCCAUCACGUCCGAGAAUCAGAGGAUUUAAUGGACAAAGAGCUUUUUGACAGAGUUCUUGGGAUGUAUAAGAUACCGUCACAGAGGUAUCGAAAUUGGACUUGCGCUUACUGGAGGUUUUCGUCGCGCGUCGCCAGUGGGAGCACUACUACGCCUUUGCAAAUGUGCGCCUACAAUGGGCAUUCCCGUGCACUGAGACAGCUCUUGGAAAACAUUGGGCCGCUAAAACGACAGGGUGAGAUUGACCAAAAAGAUACCGCUGGCAAUACAGCUCUUCACUACAGGGUUGAUUCCGGAAGUUCGAAGACGAUUGAUGUGCUACUUGAAUUUAGAGCAGAUUCCACUUUACGGAAUAAUUCUGGACUCGCAGCUCUACACAAAGCUGUAAUUGCAAAUGAAGAACCCGCUGUCUUGGCAUUGUUAGGCAGAGGUGCCAACGUUGAUAUCAGAACGGACGGCGAGAAACCUGGCCGAACGGUGCUUCAUCUUGCUGCCGAGAGUGGAUUGCAGGCCAUGGUUGAGCUGCUCGUUGAUCAUGGAGCAAAUAUCGAAAUACUUGACUCGACUUGGUCAACGGCUGCUAAAAUAGCUUUCGACAAAGGCCAUGGAGCAAUCUUCCAUUCUCUUGACUCGAAACAGCUCGACUCUGGCAUCACAGACUUGGACCGGGCUAUCAUAGAUGGCGAUGAAAGCCUUGUCCGCACCUUAGUAGAAGGUGGUGCUUCUUUGAGCUCAAAGGACAACAGAGGCUCAACGCCUCUGCAUCGCGCGGCAAGAGGGGGAAUUGCGGCUAUCAUGGGAUUCCUUCUAGAAGCCACAAGUAUAACAGAAAUCCAAGACGAACAAACUCGGAUUUCUAGAGGAUGACAACGGACAGCUUCCGGUCCAUAUCGCCGCCAAAAACGGACAUCUAGCCGCUGUCAAAGCUCUCUUGAACCAGGACAAGACCACUCUUCGUAAAGAAGAUCGGAAAGGAUGUACACCGCUGUCCUUGGCUGCUUGUGGAAACUCAAAAAGUCACGCGGAGACUGUCAGAUUCCUCAUACAGAUUGGAGCUAGAGUGUCUCACAAACAGUUGAAUGGUUCAACACCACUUCACCAGG